CCCUCGGGACCGGCCGGCGCCGCCGGCGCCUCCUGCCCCGGCGGUGGGGAGCGGCGGCGCCGGGCCUGGGCGACGUCGCUCUCGCCGCUGGAGCGGGUGCAGCGGCUGCUGGCACCGGAGGCGGCGGCCGGCGCGGGCCGCGGCCCCCUGCGCGAGGGAGAGCUGGCGCUGGUGGAGCUGGGCCGGCGGCAGCGCGGCGCCCUGAAGCUGCUGUGCCGGCUGGCGGCGGGCGCGGCGCUGGCCACCCCCGGCGGCCUCCUGCCGCACGACGAGCUGCUGGGGCGGCUGCCCGGGCAGGUGGUGCGGGCGGCGGGCGGGCGGCGGCUCCUGGUGCGGCGGCCCUCGCUGGAGGAGUACGUGCUGCUCAUGGCGCGCGGCGCCGCCAUCGCCUACCCCAAGGAUGUCAGCGCCAUGCUGAUGAUGAUGGAUCUGCACCCGGGAGACUCCGUUUUGGAAAGCGGCAGUGGAUCCGGCGCGCUGAGCUUGUUUCUGUCGAGAGCGGUUGGAUCCAAAGGACAUGUUUUAAGUUACGACAUCAGAGAAGAUCAUCACAAUUUAGCUAAGAAGAAUUACAGGCAGUGGCGUGCUUCUUGGGAAAUAGGACAUAUGGAAGAGUGGCCAGAUAAUGUGGAUUUCGUUCUUAAAGACAUUACAACAGCUGCUGAGGAUAUGAAAUCUGUAACAUUUGAUGCGAUAGUUCUGGAUAUGCUUAACCCUCAGGCUGCUUUGCCUGUUAUAUACCCAAGUCUUAAACAUGGUGGUGUGUGUGCUGUGUAUUUAGCGAACAUCACACAGGUUAUUGCCCUUUUAGACAGAAUACGGACCUGCAAGCUCCCUUUUUUGUGUGAAAGGAUCAUUGAUGUAACACACAGAAAUUGGUUAGUACUCCCUGCUAAAAUGAAGAAUUGCAAGUCAAUCCAAAUAGCGGAAACCCAAGAAAAUAUUGAGGAAGAACCUCAACAAAAAGAACACGAAGAAAUCCAUUUCAAGGAUCAAGUAGUUCUUAAAGAAACUGAAGACGAUGAAUCACUUUCUGACAACGUUGAAACAUAUUCCUCAGUGCCUUACACUGCUAGACCAUCCUAUUGGCAGGAGGCUCAUUCAGCAUUCCUCACCAAACUGAGGAAGUUUCAACCACCACUUUCUUGAUGUUGCGGAGAUGUCAGCUGCUAAUUUGAGUAUUUUAUCAGAAUAAAAUAAAAUGUUACAAAAUGA